GUACAGGAGUAGUUAAGAGCCUGACUGCCUGGGUCCAAACUCCACUUCCCACUUGCCGGCUGUGUGUCUGUGGACAACUGUUUUCCUGUCUGAAAAUGAAGACGCUGUUGUGCAAAUUAUGACUCAGUAUUUGUAAAGUGGUUGGGACUGUGCCUAGAAUUCAUACUUUAUUGUAAGUAUUAGUUCUGAUGGGGAAAUGAAGGCACAGCAAGGUUAUGAGACCUGCCCCAAGUCACACAGCUCAUGAGCAGGGAUUUAUCGCCAAGUUAGUCUCUCUGACUGCCCAGUUGUGCUCUUUCUGGGCUCUCAGAACCGGCAGCUGCAUCGAGGGUAGAUGGCGGUGUGGCUUCUGUCCAGCGGAAGCCCCUCAAUCCACAGAGACCUCAUCCUUGGCCCCUCCGUUUCUCACCCCUCAGAAGUUCCACCUCGUGCCAAGCGUCAAUGCUGUGAGUGGCAGCCAGGAACUGCAGUGGAUAGUACAGCCUCACUUCCUGGGACCCAGCAGCAGCUAUCCCAGGCCCCUGGCCUACCCCCAGUACAGCCCCCCCCAGCCCCGGCCAGGAGUCAUCAGGGCCCUAGGGCCACCUCCAGGGGUCCGUCGCAGGCCCUGUGAACAGAUCAGCCCGGAGGAGGAGGAGCGCCGUCGAGUGAGGCGCGAGAGGAAUAAGCUGGCCGCGGCCAAGUGCAGGAACCGGAGGAAGGAACUGACCGACUUCCUGCAGGCGGAGACUGACAAACUGGAAGACGAGAAAUCUGGUCUGCAGCGAGAGAUUGAAGAGCUGCAGAAGCAGAAGGAGCGUCUGGAGCUGGUGCUCGAAGCCCACCGUCCCAUCUGCAAAAUCCCGGAGGGGGCCACGGAGAGGGACACUGGCGACACAGGCGGUACCAGCGGCACCAGCAGCCCACCAGCAGCCCCCUCCCGCCCUGUACCAUGUAUCUCUCUUUCCUCGGGGCCUGUGCUUGAACCUGAAGCAUUGCACACCCCCACGCUCAUGACCACACCCUCCCUGACUCCUUUCACCCCUAGCCCUGUCUUCACCUACCCCAGCACCCCUGAGCCCUGUGCCUCAGCCCAUCGCAGGAGUAGCAGCAGCAGCGGGGACCCAUCCUCCGACCCUCUGGGCUCUCCCACCCUCCUUGCCUUAUGAGGCAAACUAGCAUCCCUACCCACGGGUGCCACCCUAGCCAAUGCCUUCCCACCCACUGGUCCAGCUGGUCCGGACCAUAUCCCAUGCCCAAGCCCAGCAGGUUCUUCUCCAUGCCUCCAGAUGAGACUGAGCAUAUUUUGCUUCCUAGUAGAGCCAGCUUGGGGCCACCAGCGCUGCCCACGGUUUUUCUAGAGCUGGCUUCUCUAGCAAUUUGCACUAAAUCAGAGACAAAAGAUUUCCUAUUUGUUCGCGAGAACUCCUGACAGCCCAAAAGGACUUUGACACUCCCUAGAGGUCCUCUAGAGCCCUAACUCCCUCCAGACCACACCUACAGUCUUCAUCACCCUCUUCCUGCGAUCCACCCAAUCCUACUCUGACGGGUGAUACUCUACCAGCCUAGAACACUAACUCACCUAGCCCCACACUGCCAGCAGCACCAAGUGAUUGAACCAGGGCAUUCUGCUGGCCCCUCCUGAAUGGCAGGAGGGUGUCAGAGGCUUCUGUGAUGAGCUGACCUGCAGCCCCCAGCUCUGAGAAGACUUUAGCUCCAGGGAAUCCAAGCCUCCACAACGAAGGCAGCUGCUAUUUAUUUUCCUACAGAGAGUAUUUUUAUACAAACCUGCCAACAUGGAAUAAAAGGCUUGAAGCUCUGGCCUGGUCUCAUUGAACCCAGAGGCUAAAGGGAGAAUAUUUGAAAUCAGAAGCCCUAGGCUCCAGUCUCAGCUCCACGGACUUACUGCAUGACUUUGGACAAGCUAUUUGAUAUUUCUAGACCUCAAUUGUCUUACCUGACAAAAGAGGUUACAUCUGCUCUGCCUCAUCUCCAGCAUUGAGGGGAGGAACAGAGUGCUGCUGUUGGGUGCAAGCCAAAGGAUUAUCAUCUUCCUCCGGAUGCGGGCCCACAGCGCUCCUGCGUGUGCCACAGGAGGGCGCUCUUAGGCCCCUUCCAGCCUCAGGGGAGGUCGCUGAGUGGGUUCUAGGCCCCCAACACCUGCUUCCUGCCCCAUUGUCUUGGACAGGAAGGAGCCGGGAAGGGAGCUGGAGCCACUUCAGGGGCCAGAAUACGGCCUGUUCCGAGGCCUGAUGGGGGGAGCCAGUGGUUUACCACGGUCCCACAUCCCGUCCCAGGCUUGAGGUAGCGA